GCGCGCGGCGCAGGCGCGCGGGGCGACCGGUAGACGUCCCUUCCCGCCUCGCUUUCCCAUGAGGGUCUGGCGGGGGUUGCGGCGGCUCGCCUCCUUCUCCUCUAGCGAUGGGAGGCCGCGGAGGAGGGCGUGGGAGACGUCGCUGUCGCCGCUGGAGCGGGUGAGGCGGCUGCUGCCGCCUGAGGAAGCGGACGCGGUGGCGCAGUGCGUGGCCGCCCCUCAGGCUGCUGCCCCUCAGGAGGAGGGAGCGCGUCCCGGCCCUUUCCGCGCUGGGGAGCUGGCGCUGGCGGAGAUGCGGAGGAAGCACAACGCGACGGUGAAGAUGAUGUGUCGGCUGGCGGAGGAUUCGGUGUUGGCCAGCUCCGGCGGCGUCCUGCCCCACCGCGACAUCAUCGGGCAGCUGCCCGGGCAGAUGAUGCGCACCUCGGCCGGGGCGCGGUUGCUGCUGAGGCGGCCCUCGCUGGAGGAGUACGUGCUGCUGAUGCCGCGGGGACCCACCAUCGCGUACCCCAAGGAUAUAAGUGCUAUGUUAAUGAUGAUAGAUAUCCACCCGGGAGACACUGUUUUGGAAACUGGCAGCGGGUCUGGUGCUAUGAGCUUGUUUUUGUCAAGAGCAGUUGGGCCCAAAGGACAUGUUGUAAGUUACGAAAUCAGAGAAGAUCAUCAUAAUUUAGCUAAGAAGAAUUAUAGGCACUGGCGUGCUGCCUGGGAAAUAGGACAUAGGGAAGAGUGGCCAGACAACGUGGAUUUCAUUCUGAAAGACAUUUCAACAGCUGCUGCAGAUAUGAAAUCUAAAACAUUUGACGCAAUAGUUCUGGAUAUGCUUAACCCUCAGUUGGCUCUGCCUGUUGUACACUCAAGUCUAAAACAAGGUGGUGUGUGUGCUGUGUAUUUAGCAAACAUUACACAGGUUAUUGACCUUUUAAACAAAAUACGGACCUACAAGCUCCCUUUUGUAUGUGAAAAUAUCAUUGAGGUAACUCAUAGAAAUUGGAUGGUACUCCCUGCUAAAAUCAAGAAUUUCAAAUCAAGCCACAUGGUGGAAACUAAAGAAAAUAUUGAAGAACCAUCUCAAAAGGAAUAUGAAGAAGCCCCCAUUCAGGAUCAAGUAGUUCUUAAAGAAAGUGAAUACAAUGAAUCACUUUCUGAUGAUGCUGAAACAUACUGCUCAGUGCCUUACAUUGCUAAACCAUCUUAUUGGCAGGAUGCUCAUUCAGGUGCUACCUUGUCUCCUUUUGCUGGAUAAGUUCUGACAGUCUACCAGAAAUAAGGAGAAAAAAAAAUAUUAAGAAGCAGCUUCUGACUUCACUGGCUAACAACUGGUGGUUAUCACUUUCUUUAAGAACAAAGCACAACUGAAGAAACUGAAAUUCACUGAAUUUCUCUUGAUAAAGCUGUGCUUAUUUCAAGAAAAAGACCAGUUGUUUACAUAUAUAGCUUUGGUUCACUUCCAGCACCUAUGCAGAAAGUUGUCUGCUUAUUUGUGAACUUUACUUAAAUGGUCAAAAUAAACACAAUUUUUCUGACCUUUGUCAGAUAUGAAAAGCAAGGUCUUCCAAGUAAAAAGAGACUUGAAAUUACAUCUUUUAGGGUCUCACGUAAGUCUUCCCAUAAGCAUGUAGUGGUGUUUAACACAUUAAAUUUAUUAAAUUAUAUGUAACCCAGUAUUAAAUAAGUAUACUAAGAACUCUGCAGUGGUUAAGCAUGUGGAAGUAUCUUUGCAGAACUGAGGCCUUCUGCAGCUCCUCCAGGAAGUUUGUAUCUCAGCUCUGUUCCAGUCUUAAUAAAUUAAGCAAUGAGCUUUUGCCCCAUAACUGCUGUAUAUAAUGGAGGCUUCCCAAACAAAGGAUCGGGAUGCUAUUUUGAGUAGGUUAAUGUGCAAAGAUUCAAUGACAUAAAACAGUUUUUAUAAGAAACUCUUGUAUUGAUUUCUACUUGUACCCCAGUCUCAAAAGGGAAUCCUGCAUGAACUCUGUCAACAGUUGAGAUACACUUAAAGGAAAAUAUGAAUUGUGAUUUAAUGUAUGUCCAAACUGAUGACAGCAACUGACCGGCCUGCCUUUUCUAAAAACAGGGCUCUCAACAAGAGCACUGUAACUCAUGUAACACACACUCUUCUAAUUCGCGUGACACAUACCAGUAUUUUUACUGUUUCUUCUCGUCAAUACUAAGUGUUUAAAGUAGAAUUCUCAUUUUAGUUUAUAAUGCAAGAAUAGUAAUAAAUGCCUAAAUAGACUGGAAUGCAACCCAAAAUCUACUGUAGCAGAUUAAGGUAAUUUGAAGAGACACAGAAUACAAAACACUUGGUACUUCCAGGAGGUCAAGAUGUAAAAAUCAAACUGGCAGUAAAAGCACAGUUCUACCAAGGUAACUGCAUUUGUAAUAGGGAUGUCUGCUAACACACAGAUGUCACAUCUUGUACCAAGAACACAGAAGUCCCUACAGUAGUAGGGCAAAUAUGGCCUCAAUUCCAUAAAGUAAUUGAAAAUUAUUUGCAGUAUUAAACCAUACCUUGGGCAUAAUGAGGAGAGUCAAUGAGCAUUUUUUCACUUGAAAAGGUGUUCUUUGAAUUCUGGGUAGAAUGGAAUUCCAUCAUCUCCAAAGUGCCAGCAGAUGAGGAGGAAGAUGAUGAUAAUCCCAGUCGUACAAAUCUUCCUUUCUUACCACAAAGCAAGCAGUCUGUAGGAGUAGCACUAGGUCCUCGGGGCCGCUGUGCUUCUUCAUCUUUGUAGCUUCUGACAGCUCCGCUGUGGCGCACAGAACGUUCUCGCUGCCAUAUGUAAUGUGUUGGAGCAAUAGCCAUCACCUGACAGAACAGCCAUAACAAUAAUGGGAAAACAUAACAGUUGAAAACAUGGUAUCCAAUUCAUAAGUGGCAGAGAAUUAAUACCAUGUAGCUGAAAUGGAUAUGAUCUUUAUCUGCUGCUGUCUCACUAGAAAGUUUGCUAUCUUGGGCAUGAGCAAGUGAGCCAGUUACAUAUCAAACAUGGAAACACAACAAUUUACAGCCUCAUAUGUUCAUGUGAAUCAUCACAAAUACCAGCUUACAUUUUGGAUGUUGGGGUGAAGAUGGUGUCUUUGACUAACUACUAAAUAUCAACUAGAUGGAUGUUUUGGUUCACAAGGUCACUGACUAUUGACUGUUGGAAGCUGGGAAAAGCAUUCCCAAUCCCAUCCCCAGAGAUGGGAUUCUUGAGUAAGUGAGAUUUUCUUUUCAACCAGCUGUAGUGAACAUUGUUCCUGGAACAUGGCAAGCCUUUUCCAGACAGAUACAUUCCACCUGAAAAGUGAGGAAUGUCUUUAUUCCCUCCUACUAUGUUUGAAAAGCAUAGGUUGUAAACCUGAAUGAAUAUUAGAGAAUGUUAAAAGUGUGUUCUCAGUUUUGUUUAAAUGAAGUGAAAAACCCUUGACUUGAAAAGUCAAUUGAAGUUAUAUUAUUAAUUUUGAAGGGAUUAACAUUUUACAUGAGGUGCUGGGUUUUUUAUUUGAAGGUCUUACUUGUGUACAAACUUAAAAUUUGUAAAGCAAACAUACACAUGCAAAAUUAUUUCUGAAGUGAAGGAAGUGAAACAACCAAUGGUAAAAAUUAAAUAUAAAUCCUUAUGCAAAGCAGAAAGACCCUAGUCAAUAACCAUCACUUUUAACAGUAGUGCAAUGUAAAAUAUUCUAGUUUACUUUAAAAGCACAGUUUCAAAUAAUAUAUUUUAAAUGCAGAAGAAAAAAAAAUCAUGGAGUAUAAGCGGAUUGUUACAUUUUAGCCACAUCUUUUCUUUUCCAUGGCUUGUCUACACACUUUAGGGAAUACAUUACUUGUAUAGAGCUAGAGUGUUAGGUGAUAUUAAUUAUUGUUGUUUCAGCAUCCACAAUACUAAAACCCUCCCUACCUCUUCACAGCAGCGUCUGCUUACAAUAGCCCUGUAGUCAAUUCUACUCCAUAGUUGAUCUCGUAACCUUAAGAAAUCGGGAAAGAGCUUUCUCCAGGCUUUUCCCAAAGCCCAUGGGAAAAUGUCAUACUUGGAUUCUUCAUCAUCUUCUUCAACUGUGUUUGCCAGAUACCUUCAAACAUAUAUAUGUUUGUGUUUUUAGAAGUUAUUCAAUCUUAAAUCACUGUAUUAGCAUGAUUUCUAACAUUAAAAGAUGUGAUAUUGAAAUAGUUAUUUUUCCUAGUAUUAUGGGAAAAACUAGCAAAAUGCAGUCUUCUCUCAUGAGUAGAGUAUUUUCUGAAACAGAAAGUUUCAUAUGUAUCCUUUGGGUAAAUAAAACCGUAACUUAAGCUACUAUAAAAACUGCUUUACCCUAGAGUCUCCUAAAUUACUAGAUGCAAGAACUAACAUAGCCUGACAGCCUUCUCCAAACUGGUAAGAUAUCCUUGUACUAAAGUGAACAGUUUCUGACUAUUUAUCUAAAUAAAGCUUAAACCUACCUUGUGAAAUCUUAAA